CUUUAUAUUUGAUUGGAUCUGAAAAGAAAUUGAAUGAUUUUUCUGUAGCCGGUGGAGCUAAACAAUGGAGUAUCGGAAAAUCAAGGAUGAGGAUAAAGAUGGGGGUGAUACAAUUGCAGGCGAUGUGGAAAGCUCGCCACCAAAAUAUCCUUCUGGAACCUUGUCCGCCUUUGGUGGAAGUCCAAUCGGAAGAAAUAAGUGGAAGCGCAAGUCAAUUGUUACCAUUGCCUUAACUUUUCUUACAAGCUCCCAAGCAAUAUUAAUUGUCUGGUCCAAAAGGGCUGGAAAGUACGAGUAUAGUGUCACCACAGCAAACUUCUUGGUUGAAGCUUUGAAAUGUGCUCUUUCACUGGCAGCACUAGUAAGGAUCUGGAGUAAUGAUGGUAUUACAGAUGAUAACAGGUUAAGUACAACCUGGGAAGAAGUUAGUGUUUACCCUGUACCUGCAGCACUUUACCUCAUCAAGAAUUUGCUUCAAUAUUACAUAUUUGCAUAUGUGGAUGCUCCAGGAUAUCAAAUACUCAAGAACCUGAAUAUCAUUAGCACUGGUGUGCUGUAUCGCAUUAUUCUGAAGAAGAAGUUGAGUGAAAUUCAGUGGGCCGCAUUCAUAUUAUUAUGUGCAGGGUGCACCACUGCACAACUUAAUCCCACAUCUGAUCGGGUACUUCAGACUCCUUUGCAAGGUUGGGUGAUGGCCAUUGUCAUGGCACUCCUAAGUGGUUUUGCAGGAGUUUAUACUGAGGCCAUAAUCAAAAAGCGCCCUUCAAGGAACAUAAAUGUGCAGAAUUUCUGGCUGUAUAUAUUUGGGAUGGGCUUCAAUGCAAUUGCAAUUGUAGUCCAAGAUUUCGAUGCUGUGGUGAACAAGGGAUUCUUCCAUGGAUACUCACUGAUAACAACUCUGAUGAUUCUUAACCAUGCGCUAAGUGGAAUUGCCGUUUCCAUGGUCAUGAAGUAUGCAGACAAUAUUGUCAAGGUGUAUUCGACAUCAGUGGCGAUGCUUCUGACAGCAGUGGUUUCUGUGUUCUUAUUUGGUUUUCAUCUAUCACUUGCUUUCUUCCUCGGAUCCAUUGUUCUAUCAGUCUCAAUAUACUUGCACUCGGUUGGAAAAGUUCAAAGAUAGAGGAAUGGUCAUUGACUCUGUAGAAGGACCAGAUAUAAGCAUGUCAGAUUUUUAGGCGAUUUUUAGCAUCAUUUAUAUUUUAUCGGCUCACAGAAACUGCGAUUUUUCGAUUAUUCAUUUCGAAGUGAACAUGGCUUUGGAGCUGGUGAGUCGGUCUGGUCUGUACAUGGCCAAAAAAUGGUGAAGGAAAUGGGUAAUGUCUUGCCUUGAACUGCAUGUGAGAUUUGUGCAUUUUUCUCCUACUAACCAAUUCUAGGUUGAUAUUACUAGUCAUUGUUUAUAAUGAAUAGAAAUGCUUUAAGAUAUAAAUAGUAGUACAAUCAUUAAGAAUUGAAAAAAAUGGUAUGAAUUAUGUUUGAGUCUAUUUGGAAACU